GACCUCAAGAAGGAGGUGGCCAUGACAGAGCACAAGAUGUCAGUAGAAGAGGUCUGCCGGAAGUACAAUACGGACUGCGUGCAGGGUCUGACACACAGCAAAGCCCAGGAGAUCCUGGCUCGAGAUGGGCCUAAUGCGCUCACACCACCUCCCACCACCCCGGAAUGGGUCAAGUUCUGCCGACAGCUAUUUGGGGGCUUCUCCAUCCUUCUGUGGAUCGGGGCAAUCCUCUGCUUCCUGGCCUACGGCAUCCAGGCAGGGACUGAAGAUGAUCCCUCGGGUGACAAUCUGUACCUGGGCAUUGUGCUGGCUGCUGUGGUGAUCAUCACAGGCUGCUUCUCCUACUACCAGGAAGCCAAGAGUUCUAAGAUCAUGGAGUCCUUCAAGAACAUGGUUCCCCAGCAAGCCCUCGUGAUCCGGGAAGGUGAGAAGAUGCAGGUGAAUGCCGAGGAAGUGGUGGUCGGGGACCUGGUGGAGAUCAAGGGUGGGGACCGCGUCCCAGCUGACCUUCGCAUCAUCUCAGCCCAUGGCUGCAAGGUGGACAAUUCCUCCCUGACGGGUGAAUCUGAGCCCCAGACCCGCUCCCCGGACUGCACACAUGACAAUCCCUUGGAGACCCGGAACAUCACUUUCUUUUCCACCAACUGUGUGGAAGGCACCGCUCGGGGUGUGGUGGUGGCCACGGGUGACCGUACUGUCAUGGGCCGCAUCGCCACCCUGGCCUCGGGCCUGGAGGUGGGCAAGACGCCCAUCGCCAUUGAGAUUGAGCACUUCAUCCAGCUCAUCACUGGCGUGGCGGUGUUCCUGGGCGUCUCCUUCUUCAUCCUCUCCCUCAUUCUGGGAUACACCUGGCUCGAGGCGGUCAUCUUUCUCAUCGGCAUCAUCGUGGCCAAUGUCCCCGAGGGCCUUCUGGCUACCGUCACGGUGUGUCUGACCCUGACUGCCAAGCGCAUGGCUCGCAAGAACUGUCUCGUGAAGAACCUGGAGGCGGUGGAGACGCUGGGCUCCACUUCCACCAUCUGCUCAGACAAGACCGGCACCCUCACCCAGAACCGCAUGACUGUGGCCCACAUGUGGUUUGACAACCAGAUCCACGAGGCCGACACCACUGAGGAUCAGUCAGGGACCUCUUUCGACAAGAGCUCACACACCUGGGUGGCCCUGUCCCACAUCGCUGGACUCUGCAACCGGGCUGUCUUCAAGGGCGGGCAGGAUAACAUCCCUGUGCUCAAGAGGGACGUGGCCGGUGAUGCCUCUGAGUCUGCCCUGCUCAAGUGCAUUGAGCUGUCCUCGGGUUCCGUGAAGCUGAUGCGUGAACGAAACAAGAAAGUGGCAGAGAUUCCCUUCAACUCCACUAACAAAUACCAGCUAUCCAUCCAUGAGACUGAAGACCCCAAUGACAACCGAUACCUGCUGGUGAUGAAGGGCGCCCCAGAACGCAUUCUGGACCGCUGUGCCACCAUCCUCCUGCAAGGCAAAGAGCAGCCUCUGGAUGAAGAGAUGAAGGAGGCCUUCCAGAAUGCCUACCUGGAGCUUGGUGGUCUGGGCGAGCGUGUGCUGGGUUUCUGCCAUUACUACCUGCCUGAGGAACAGUUCCCCAAGGGCUUUGCCUUUGACUGCGACGACGUGAACUUCACCACAGACAACCUUUGCUUUGUGGGUCUCAUGUCCAUGAUUGACCCUCCCCGGGCAGCUGUCCCCGAUGCUGUGGGCAAGUGCCGCAGCGCAGGCAUCAAGGUCAUCAUGGUCACCGGUGAUCACCCCAUCACAGCCAAGGCCAUUGCCAAAGGUGUAGGCAUCAUCUCCGAGGGCAAUGAGACUGUAGAGGACAUUGCUGCCCGGCUCAACAUCCCCGUCAGCCAGGUCAACCCUAGGGACGCCAAAGCCUGUGUGAUCCACGGCACCGACCUCAAGGACUUCACCUCGGAGCAGAUUGACGAGAUCCUGCAGAACCACACCGAGAUUGUCUUUGCCCGCACCUCCCCUCAGCAGAAGCUCAUUAUCGGAGCAAUCGUGGCUGUGACUGGUGAUGGUGUGAAUGACUCCCCUGCUCUGAAGAAGGCUGACAUCGGGGUGGCCAUGGGCAUUGCUGGUUCUGAUGUCUCCAAGCAGGCUGCCGACAUGAUUCUGCUAGAUGACAAUUUUGCCUCCAUUGUCACUGGUGUGGAGGAAGGCCGCCUGAUCUUUGACAACCUGAAGAAAUCCAUUGCCUACACUUUGACCAGCAACAUCCCAGAGAUCACACCCUUCCUGCUCUUCAUCAUGGCCAACAUCCCACUGCCCCUUGGCACCAUCACCAUCCUCUGUAUUGACCUGGGCACCGACAUGGUCCCCGCCAUCUCCUUGGCCUACGAGGCUGCUGAGAGUGACAUCAUGAAGAGACAGCCCAGGAACCCACGCACAGACAAACUGGUCAAUGAAAGACUCAUCAGCAUGGCCUACGGGCAGAUUGGGAUGAUCCAGGCCCUCGGUGGCUUCUUCUCCUACUUUGUCAUCCUGGCAGAAAAUGGCUUCUUGCCUGGUAACCUGGUGGGCAUCCGGCUGAACUGGGAUGACCGCACUGUCAACGACCUGGAAGACAGUUACGGGCAGCAGUGGACAUACGAACAGAGGAAGGUGGUAGAGUUCACAUGCCACACGGCCUUCUUCGUGAGCAUCGUGGUGGUCCAGUGGGCUGACCUGAUCAUCUGCAAGACCAGGAGGAACUCUGUCUUCCAGCAGGGCAUGAAGAAUAAGAUCUUGAUCUUCGGCUUGUUCGAGGAGACGGCCCUUGCUGCCUUCCUGUCCUACUGCCCAGGCAUGGACGUGGCCCUUCGCAUGUACCCUCUCAAGCCUAGCUGGUGGUUCUGUGCCUUCCCCUACAGUUUCCUCAUCUUUGUCUACGAUGAGAUUCGCAAACUCAUCCUGCGCAGGAACCCAGGGGGUUGGGUGGAGAAAGAGACCUACUACUGACCUCAACCCACCACAUCGUCGCCCGCGUCUUCCCUGCCCCCAGCCCAGGACAGCCCUCUCCGACCCCCCCCAUUUUGUACUCUGGGGGGAGGGGCCUUCUCUCCCCGUGGCCCCCCUCUCUCCCUGUGGCCCAGCCUCACCUCCCACACCUUGGUUACCUCCCACUUUUCCCUCUCCUCUCCCUCUGGCUGGCUUCUCUCCCCCCACAGCCCCUGCCUUUCUUCUCCCUCCCUUUUCUGUGUCUCCCCCUCUCUCCCUGGUGACCCUGUCCCUCAUCCCCUCCUUGGGCUCUUUUUUAC